CCGUGAGAAACAUAUUAGAAACAGUAAGAUAACACUGCAAGAAGAAGAUAACAUUGGAUAAGCCUUUUUAUUUUGUUCUCAAAUCUUUGCACAUUCUCAAAAUCUCUUUGUAACUAUGGCUUCCUCUGUUACCUCCUCUUUUCAAAUCAGCAAUUUUAAGUCUGUUUACUUGGGCGAGAGAAGUAAGCUCAGAGUUUCAAGUGCUCCUGCUACUCGUGUUGGUGUCUUUAGAAAGACUACAGAGUGUAAGGAGUCACGAAUUGGGAAGCAACCGAUUCCUGUUCCGUCCAAUGUUACAAUCAAAUUGGAAGGGCAGGAUAUACAAGUGAAAGGUCCUUUGGGAGAACUUUCGUUAACUUAUCCUCGAGAAGUUAAGGUUGAGAGGCAAGAUGAAGGGAUUUUAAAGGUCAGUAAGGCAGUCGAAACCAGAAGGGCGAAUCAAAUGCACGGGCUUUUCAGGACGCUUACGGAUAACUUGGUGGUUGGAGUAUCUAAAGGUUUCGAAAAGAAACUUCAACUUAUUGGUGUCGGUUAUCGUGCUAUGGUAGAAGGAAAUGAUGUAGUUUUGAAUCUUGGAUUUUCUCAUCCUGUCAAGAUGACAAUCCCUGAUGGACUCAAAGUGAAGGUGGAAGAAAACACUAAAAUCACAGUCAGUGGUUAUAACAAGUCUGACAUCGGCCAGUUUGCGGCUUCGAUUAGGAAAUGGAGACCUCCGGAACCAUACAAAGGUAAGGGUAUCAAAUAUGAAGAUGAAGUUGUAAGAAGAAAGGAAGGAAAAGCAGGGAAAAAGAAGUGAUGUGGGAUCUCAGUUUUCACUUUUAAAUUUAUCUAUUGUUUUUUAUUGUUGUUAGUGAUGGAAAUGUUAAAUAUACCUAGUAAAACAAAUUCAAAUUUAUUUUAUAAGCUAAGAUCAUUUGUUCUUCAAAGCA